AUGCUUUUUCUCAAGGCUUUUGGACUCCUACCCUUCGUGGCCAUGGCUCUGGCUGGCUCGUCGAAAUUUGCCGACACAUGCCAGGAUAUUGAUGGCGAAGGCACAACCCUUCAUGCACAGUGUCAGGAGAGAAAGGACGGUCAAUUGCAGUCGAGUACAUUGGACUUGAACCGGUGCCUCAAGAAUGACAAGGGCAAGCUUAAGUGUGGAAAGAAUGGCAAUUAUUCCGGAUCUUGCAUCAACUGUACUCUCCGUGGGACGGCCGACUUUUCCUGCCAGUGCCGGAACUCCGAGCGCGAGCAUGAUUAUGUCAAUACUGUCAUCGACUUGAACAAAUGUGUUGCCAACAACCACGGCGAGCUUCGUUGCUAG